GAGCGUCGAUCCCGAACGUUCCUUUUUAGCGAAAGAAGAACCCGCGGGCGCGCCGGACCGACACAGUGCAGUGUGCAUUUUUUUCUGCCGGGCGAGAGAAAAAAAAACGCCGCAGAUACGACCACGACGAGAACGGGGGUUCGUGUGCGAAAAUGUACGACCUUAGCGCUUCGGUUCCACCGCAGCGGUCUUAGGUGGUGAAGUCCCGCGCGGGGAGAGGGUGCGUGCGUGCGGUAAUCGCCGUCGCUCCGGGGUAGACAAGAGAUAAUGUCGUCGGUCGUCGUCGACGGAGUGCCCUACGACGACGGGUUUACACAUUGACAACAUGGAGUCAUGCCUCGUUGACAUACCAAUACUAAAGGUUGGCCGCCGCCCAGGAGGCGGCUGUGCUUCAGGCUGCGCAAGCCAGAAAGGAAGGCAGGCCGUUGGGGGCAGCACACGUGUUGGGGGCAGCCGGGGGCUCCUUCUCAGCAGCUGAUAGAAUGGGCGGCCAGGCGGGGGGCCAGACGGGACAGCAGCAAGGCGGCUCCUCAUCGCUUUUCCUCUUCUCCGAGGAGAACAUCAUCCGCAGAUACACACGGUUCAUCAUCGAAUGGCCUCCAUUCGAGUACGCCGUACUUUUGACAAUCAUAGCCAACUGCGUCGUCUUGGCCUUGGAGGAACAUUUGCCUUGCGCGGAUAAAACCAUGCUAGCACAAAAAUUAGAAAAAACCGAGGUCUACUUCCUGGGCAUUUUUUGUGUGGAAGCGUCGCUCAAAAUCCUGGCGCUGGGGUUCGUCCUGCACCGCGGCUCCUACCUGCGCAACAUCUGGAACAUCAUGGAUUUUUUCGUGGUCCUCACCGGGUUUCUCACGUUGUUCCCGCAAGAUUUCAUAGCAGUGGACCUGCGCACGUUACGAGCUAUCCGAGUACUUAGACCUUUGAAGCUAGUCUCUGGCAUCCCUAGUCUGCAGGUGGUUCUCAAAUCCAUCAUCAAGGCGAUGGCCCCGCUGUUGCAGAUCGGACUGCUGGUCCUCUUCGCCAUCGUCAUAUUCGCCAUCAUCGGCCUGGAGUUUUACUCCGGGGCACUACACAGGACGUGUUACAGCCUCUACGACAUAGAGGAGAUCGUUAAGGAGGACGGCGAAGAAGUGCCGUGCAACACGGACAACGAGACGGAGGCGAAGUCGCAGGGCAGCAACUGGUGUAGGGACGGCAAUUCGGUAUGCCUCGAACGGUGGCAGGGACCCAACAACGGCAUCACCUCGUUUGACAACAUCGGCUUCGCGAUGCUCACCGUAUUCCAGUGCAUCACUAUGGAAGGCUGGACCGCUAUAUUGUAUUGGAUGAAUGAUGCCGUGGGCAGCUACUACAACUGGAUGUACUUCGUGCCUCUGAUCGUGCUGGGGUCAUUCUUCAUGCUGAACUUGGUCCUCGGCGUGUUGAGCGGCGAGUUCGCCAAGGAAAGGGAGAAGGUCGAGAAUCGGCAAGAGUUCUUGAAGCUGAGACGGGCUGCCCAGCUAGAACGCGAGCUGAACGGAUACGUGCAGUGGAUUUGCAAAGCGGAGGAGGUCAUAUUGGCGGAGGAGCGUACGACGGAAGAGGAGAAGAUGCACAUCAUGGAGGCGCGUCGAAGGGCGGCGAAGAAGAACAAGCUGAAGAAGAUCGGCAAGAGUAAAAGCACCGACACGGAGGAAGAACAGGAAGAGGAGGACAUCGCCGAUGAUGUCUUGUUAGCAGGUUUCGGCCGAUCCGGUUACAUGAAAUCGCGCGCCAAAGGCCAGGGCGGAUGCGCUCGCUUUUGGCGCGCGGAGAAGCGCUUCCGAUUCAGCAUACGACACAUGGUGAAGAGCCAGUGGUUCUACUGGACCGUGAUCGUGCUCGUCUUCUUCAAUACGUUCUGCGUGGCGGUCGAGUACCACGGCCAGCCGCAGUGGCUCGACGAUUUUUUAUAUUACGCCGAGUACGUAUUCCUCGGCCUCUUUAUGUCGGAGAUGUUCAUCAAAAUGUACGCCCUCGGGCCUCGCAUCUACUUCGAGUCGGCCUUCAAUCGAUUCGAUUGCGUCGUCAUCUCAGGUUCGAUAUUCGAGGUGAUCUGGUCGGGGGUGAAGGGCGGAUCUUUCGGAUUGUCGGUGCUCAGGGCGCUCCGCCUCCUCCGCAUAUUUAAAGUCACCAAGUACUGGUCCUCGCUGCGCAACCUCGUAAUUUCGCUGCUCAACUCGAUGCGCUCCAUCAUCUCGCUCCUGUUUCUCCUCUUCCUAUUCAUCCUCAUCUUCGCGUUGCUCGGUAUGCAGCUCUUCGGCGGCCAGUUCAAUUUCGACGACGGCACUCCGCCCGCCAACUUUAACACGUUCCCCAUCGCACUGCUCACCGUUUUCCAGAUCCUCACCGGAGAGGACUGGAACGAGGUCAUGUAUAACGGGAUUAACGCGCUGGGCGGACCCAGCGUCGGAAUGGUGUAUUCCUUGUACUUUAUCAUCCUUAUGCUGUUCGGAAACUACACGCUGCUGAACGUGUUUCUCGCCAUCGCCGUCGACAAUCUGGCGAACGCGCAAGAGCUGACCGCGGCCGAAGAGGAACAAGCCGAAGAAAACAAGGAAAAGCAAGCGCUCGAGUUGGAGAAGGAGAUGGAGGCGUUGCAGAUGGAGGGCAGCAAUCCCCGGGUAGAGGUGAGUUCGCCCAGUCCGCCUAGCGGUCGCGGCCGGAAGAAAAAGGACGAGAAACCGCCCGACGACGAGGAAGAGGAGAUCGUUGGUCCGAAGCCCAUGCUACCUUACUCGAGCAUGUUUAUACUGUCGUCGACGAAUCCAAUCCGUCGCGGCGCCCACUGGGUGGUCAACUUGCGCUACUUCGACUUCUUCAUCAUGGUGGUGAUCUGCAUGAGUUCGGCGGCGCUCGCGGCGGAGGACCCGGUCGACGAGAAGUCGUUCCGCAACAACAUCCUCGACAAGUUCGACUACGCGUUCACCGGCGUCUUCGCCGUCGAGAUGUUCCUCAAGGUCAUCGAUCUGGGCGUCAUCAUGCACCCCGGCUCGUACCUGCGCGAAUUCUGGAACAUCAUGGACGCCGUGGUCGUCGUUUGCGCCCUCGUUUCCAUGGGUUUCGAUUUUAUGGGCGGAGGCGGAGCCGCCGGCGCGAACCUGUCGACGAUCAAGUCGCUGCGAGUGCUGCGGGUGCUGCGGCCGCUGAAGACCAUCAAACGGGUGCCGAAACUGAAGGCGGUGUUCGACUGUUUAGUGAACUCGCUGAAGAACGUGAUAAACAUUCUCAUUGUGUAUAUAUUGUUCCAAUUCAUAUUCGCCGUUAUCGCCGUGCAACUGUUCAACGGCAAAUUCUUUCACUGCACCGACGGCAGCAAGAUCACCAAGGCCACGUGUCAGGGUCACUAUUUCGUCUACGAGGAGGACGGUGACGUGCCGAGGGUCGAGCCGCGCCAGUGGAAGGCGCAAAAGUUCCACUACGAUGACGUAGCGAUGGCCAUGCUGACGCUGUUCGCCGUACAGACCGGCGAGGGAUGGCCCACGGUGCUGCAGAAUUCGAUGGCGGCGACGUACAGCGACCAGGGCCCGAUCCAGAACUUCCGUAUCGAGAUGUCCAUCUUCUACAUCGUCUACUUCGUUGUGUUCCCGUUCUUCUUCGUCAACAUCUUCGUUGCGUUAAUUAUUAUCACAUUCCAGGAGCAGGGCGAGGCCGAAUUGCAGAGCGGUGAGAUCGACAAGAACCAGAAAUCGUGCAUAGACUUCUGCAUACAGGCCAGGCCGCUCGAACGGUACAUGCCCAGCAAGCGCAGCAGCCUCAAGUACAAAAUCUGGCGGAUCGUCGUGUCUACGCCGUUCGAGUACUUCAUCAUGAUGCUCAUCGUGUUUAACACGCUGCUCCUGAUGAUGAAGUACCAUCAGUCGCCGCCCUUACUCUCGGAUAUACUGGCGGUGAUGAACAUAUUGUUCACGUUUUUCUUUCUCUGCGAGACGAUCUUGAAGCUGAUCGCGUUCGGAUUCAAGAACUUCUUCAAGGACCCGUGGAACACGUUCGAUUUCGUCACCGUGAUCGGGAGCAUAGUCGACGCCAUGGUCGUGGAGUUCGGUGUAAGUAUCGUACGCUCACGUGUAAAUAACGUCCGUUUAUUUAUGAUUUGUUUUCUGUCCCCCAUUUACAAACCGAUACCACAAUAUGACACGAGAUUCGCACAGAUUUACGGCCGACUGUUUUGGAAGGACAACUUCAUCAACGUCGGCUUCCUCAGGCUGUUUCGCGCCGCCCGGCUCAUUAAACUACUGCGCCAGGGCUAUACGAUUCGCAUUCUGCUCUGGACGUUCGUCCAGAGUUUCAAAGCGCUCCCCUACGUCUGCCUGUUGAUCGCAAUGUUGUUUUUCAUUUACGCGAUUAUCGGGAUGCAGGUAUUCGGCAACAUCAACCUGCCGAGCGACUCGAUCAACCGCCACAACAACUUCAGGAACUUCAUACAGGGGCUGAUGCUGUUGUUCAGGUGCGCCACCGGCGAGAACUGGCCCAGUAUCAUGCUCUCGUGCGUCAAGGGACAGGAGUGUGACCCCAACACGGGCAAGGAGGGCAAAGAGUGCGGUUCCAACUUGGCCUACAUGUAUUUCGUCUCGUUUAUUUUCUUCUGCUCGUUUCUGAUGCUGAACUUGUUCGUCGCCGUCAUCAUGGACAACUUCGACUACUUGACGCGUGAUUCUUCCAUCCUGGGCGCGCAUCACCUCGACGAGUUUGUGCGAAUAUGGGCCGAAUACGACCCGAACGCGACCGGCAAGAUCCACUUUACGGAAAUGUACGACAUGCUGAAGAACAUGGACCCGCCCUUAGGGUUCGGCAACAAAUGUCCCAAUCGGUUGGCGUACAAGAAACUGAUCCGGAUGAACAUGCCGGUCGAUGACGAAGGCAAAGUGAACUUCACCACCACCCUGUUUGCUCUCAUACGCGAAAAUCUGGCAAUCAAAAUGCGAGCUGCCGAAGAAAUGGACCGAGCGGAUGAUGAACUACGCGAAACGAUUAAGAACAUUUGGCCGCUGCAGGCGAAAAACAUGGUGGACCUAUUGGUGCCGCCGAACGAGCAGCUCAACCAGGGAAGGCUCACGGUGGGCAAGAUUUACGGCGGCCUCCUCAUCCUCGAGAGUUGGCGCAGCACCAGGUUCGGGCAGAUCGAACCCGCCGGCGGCCUGACGAAAUCUUCAUUUUUCGAUUGCCUUAUGGAUACGAUGGCGGGCCACCUGGGUGGCUCCCGCGCCGGCUCUAUCAGUUUAGAGGGAGCGCCGCUCAUGGCGGCCCAGGAUAGCUCCGAGCCGCACCACUUACAUGAGGAGAGUUCGCUCGUUUCACUCGCCAGGCGCAACACCAAGCGAAACAGGUCGUUGAGGAAACAAAAGGUGAACAGUUACUCAGAUUUGGCGAUGACGGAGCUGCAGGAUGUUCUGGGUUCCAGGAGACCUUCUUGUGAUAGCGCUGGCGAGCAGCACCAGCAUCUUCAUCCCGCUGGUUACGCCAAUGCACACCGCAGAAGUCCCAGCAUCAGGAGGGGCAACUCUCCGUCUCUGCAACGCAGCCCGUCGCCCCGCAAACGGUACCCUCACGGAUACCUCCACCACGACAUCGGCUUCUCGGACACGGUGUCGAACGUGGUGGAGAUCGUCAAGCACGAACACCAGAGGAUGUCUGGCAAGCGGUUGCCUCGAGAAUUUUCUGCCCUAGGUUCAUGGUCGGCGUCGACGAGUCCCGCGAGGUCGCCUUCGCCCACGGACGGGGGCGGCAUGGCCGCCUCCCAUCGUCACAACUCGCGCUACGGCCCCCCGAGGACGAGUAGGAGGGGGGGCGGCGCGUACGGGACCACCAGCUUGUGCCAGAGGUCGCGAUCGCCUAGUCCGACGCACCCGGUGGCCCGGCACCAAGGGCCGCCAUUUAUAGCCGGUGCUGUGGCAGGUAUACCGAUGCAGCAUUCGGCUGCGCAGCAGGGCAGCGUGCAGCACAGUCACCCGGUGCUGGGGAGCAGGAGGGGCCCGGGACGACGGCUGCCGCCGACGCCAUCCAAACCGUCGACGCUACAACUGAAACCGGGAACCAUCAACUUCCCAAAACUGAACGCGAGUCCCACCCACAUACAGAGCCAGUCGGCGCACGCGACUCCCCACGCUUACCCUCACAGUUUCCCGCGGGAUCGGGACGCACCGACGAACCCGGUGGCGAUGCCGCUGACGGCGCCCGCGAACCCGGCCCGUGGCGUCGACCAGACGCCGCUGAGCUUUGAACAGGCAGUGGCGUUGGGCCGGGGCGGUCGCAUGCUCCCCAGUCCCGUGCCCAACGGAUACAAACCUAAACCGUCAAGGUCCCGCCAUUCCGACUCUGACGACGACGACUGGUGCUAGCAGCAACCCAACACCCGGUAGACGGACGGCUAACCGGCCAACGGGAUUUGAUCGUGCGACCCGCGGCAUUCGUUCCGCCCCCCCUCACAGACUGUUUUCCCGUCGUUUUGAGUUCGCCGCGGCAGUUUCCGGGUAAAAAGUGGUUAGCGUCGGGACGCGUUCGCUCCGUCCCGCGGGACAAUUUGUAAUUAAACAUUUUUUAACUACUGCCAAUAACUACAUUUAUUAAUUAACGUUUACGAUCGGUAAUUAACUGUCGCCGUUGUGGUGGAUGCGCGGGGCGAGUGGCGACGGCGGCUGCGUUUUGGUGUGGAUAAUGCUUGUAUGACGGCUUUAUUCUAGAGAGAGUUUAAGUUGGUGUUUUUCACAUCAUCCAUUGAUUGGACGUCGCGUUUAAAUAUUUCGGGGCUAAACGCGCGUUUCAGGCCGCCGCCGGGCGCCCCCGCUCUGUCCAGUCCGACCUCUGUAAAUACUAAAAAAAACCCAAGGAUUUUGAAUUUUACAUCUAAAUUAUAUGAAUUAAAAAUUAGUAUUCGCCGCCGUUCGUAUAAGUAAUGUAUAUUAACUAAGGAGAGUAAUUAGUUCCGAACGCGUGGAAAAGGAUAACCACAUUAAUAAAUUCUUCCCUAAGUGCUUUAAAACCGCCGUUCGACGAGGAAAUGGAAAAAAUAUGGAAACCGCCACGACACAUAUAUAUACACACACACACACCCUCCCUUGUAAAUUCGUUCGUUCUGUGAUAUGACCGUGUCGGAAGAUGGCGCUAGUAUCGUUGUUCCCAGAGACCCGCCCCAACUCCCCCAUUCCGCCGUUCCGUUUCGAUUCGACGCGCUCCCAAUCCCAACAUGCUCCAUCCUAUCUAUGUCCGACUCAAAAACAAAUAAGACGUUGCCUUAAUAACUGUUAAAAUGGAGUUUUUGAGGACGAACGCGGUGACGGCGGGCCCUUUCGCUUAUACGACGGUGCGAGUCUUUCUCUCUGUCUUUCUUUCACCGCCUCCACUUGAAGAUGGAUCUCUUCAACGUCUUUGCAGUUCUUCUUCUUUAAUUGAAUCGGGCCAAUUGUAAGUGGCGUGCCGUUCUUCUUAUUUACUUUUAUGGGUCCAGUUGUGAACGCAGUUCCUCUUCUUCACUGGCCGCGACCGUCGGGGUCGUGGGCGUGGCUCGGGGUCCGCUCGUCGCCCGGUCUAUAUUAAGAAAUCAAGACGAUUCGCGCGCGAUCGAGUUUUAAAGUUAUUAAAUAACAAUACGAGUAUUGUCUUUGACAAAACGAUGUUGAGGAAAUCGGUGAAAAUUUCCUUCGCGAACUCGAAGCCUAAUUUCGACGGCUCUCGCCCGACCCGUCGGCGCGCCCGCGUCGCUGUCGUCGCGUCGGCGGCGGCGCGCCGACCCCCUAUUCGUUAGAUAAUUACUAAUAUAUAUAUAUCUCUGCCAAUUUAAGAAAAUGCGGGUAAUUUCUUUAAAUUGCGUAGCUUAGAGCGUGUGUAACUGUGCGUCCGAGGAGGUGUGGACGAGUUUCGUUUCAUUUCUGGCCGUUUUGGGUGAAUCGGGGACCCCUCCCGUCCCCCCCUCCUCCUCCGCCCCUAUUGCGAGUUUAUCCAAAACGGCGCUCAGAGUCCAACUUUUGUAUUACCAGUUAUAACGUACUAUGUAAAAUAAUGUCCAAUAUACCUUAUUGAAAAAUAUAGAUUUUUUGCCGUGCCUGUCUCGAGGACCUCGUCGGCCCGGUCACGCCCACUCCGCCAUGCAACCCCUCGCCGCGAUCGCGAUCUUCCAAAACGAGGGAAACACUUUUCCGUUAAAUUCGAAUAGAGGACCGCGUGAACGACGACGCGUCGGGUUUCCCGGGAUAGGGGUGGCAAAUGGACAAAAACCACACAUGUUUAUACAUCCCUUUUGGUAUUUCGGCGUUAAGUUAUUGGGUAUAUUGAUUGUAUUUAUUCGUUUAGGAAAUUUUGCAUUAGUGUUAAUAUUAAUGAUAUCGCUUUCAAGGCAAUUUUUUAAUGAAAUUGUGAAUAAAUA